ACAAUAAUAAGUUACAUAAAUUACCUAUGUUCAUACAAAUAUUUGUGUCUAAAUAAUCGUAACUUUGUUAUACGCAUCUGGGAAACUAUUACAUUUUUACAUGAAUAAAAAUAGCAACUGUAUUGCUUGAAAAAUCAAAAUUAAAAUUCGAAAAAUUGUAGAUCGUAGAUUGAGAGCGGAAAAUUUUAAAUUAGUUGGCAUUUGGUGGCUACGUGCAUUGUGCAAAUGUUUGUGCCAUUAGAAAACUUGGCCACAAUAUAGAAUUUCAAAGCAAAUCCAAACAGUAAUAAUGGCGGCAUUCCAAUUCGACAUACGGAAUCUCUUCGCGCAGCCGAUUGUGAAAGUGAACUCAACCCUAUUGCCGCAUACAUUCCGCGGCGAUAAACGACAAGCUAUGGAGGCCACUGCCAAGAUGUCAGCCAUCAUCGAUCAUUUGGGACAACUCUCGGCUAAAGCGCAGAAACUGACUAAACCCAUCACAACUGCACAAAAGCUCCGCAUGUCCGACAAUCAAGUCGUCUAUUUAAUGGCCGAUGUGGGCGAACACAAUGGGCAUGGCGAUGAGGUCAUCGGUUUGCUUAAGAUCGGCACUAAAGAUUUGUAUUUAUUCGAUGAACUGGGUCAAACUCGGAAAGUGGACAAGGCGCCCUGCAUACUGGAUUUUUAUAUACACGAUGCGCGACAGCGCACAGGUUUGGGCAAAGAACUAUUCCAAACUAUGUUACGCGAAGAAAAGUGGGUGCCCGUCAAAUGUUCGGUGGACCGGCCAUCAGAAAAACUGCUGGGUUUUCUAAAGAAACACUACGGCUUGGAACGCAUUAUACCACAGGCCAAUCACUUUGUGCUCUAUGAUGGCUUCUUCGAGCACGAGAAAGGCAAUGGAAAACCAAAUGAAAUGGCAAGGUCACACAAAAUGCUCAUGGCCAAUAGAUAUCUAUGAAGUUGGCUGAAAGUGUUUGUGUGAAAUGCGUAGGUGAAAUCGAAAAGCAAAAUUGAAAAAAAAUCGCUUCUGUGCGACGGACAUAAAAAAACUAACUAACCAAUCGUAUACAAUCUACAUAUAUUUAGAGUAAAAUUUUUCACAAUGCUGGCUAUUGUAAGAUUUUGUACAACAAAUUUUGAAGAGAACCAAUAACGAAGUGAUCUGCAAAAUGAAACAAAUGUGAAUAGAAGAAUUGAUUUUUGAUGAGGCUCGAAGUGUAAAUGCAUGCACACAUACAUACAUACAUACAUCUCCCAUUUUUUGAUCUUUUAGCACUUGUGUAUAUUUAUAUGUAGAUUUAGUCAAUAUUUAAAAUUGUGCGAACACCUGAUAUGUAUGUGUGCGUGUAUGUGUGCUUGUAUGUCCAUACGUAUUUAACUAGCCACAUACAUGCGAAUAUGUACAAACAAUAAUUAAAAAACAAUGUGAGAGUUUACAGCGUCUGUGCUUUCUUUUUCUAUAAAAGACUCUUUGUUUUGUUAGUCGUUUGACUGAAUUCGAGCGAAAAAGUUCAAUAAAAAAUGUUCUAUUCCAACUUUC